AACAGACAUUGAAGAACCUUUUUCAGUCAGCCUGAAGACACUUAGGACUCUGAUACUACGCCAAAAUAAAAUGGAUUCCAUAAAGAAAGGAAUUUUUAAGAAUCUCACUGCUCUUCAGCUUCUUAAUCUGGCAGACAACCAGAUUGUCACAAUAGAACCAGGAGCCUUUGAAGGUCUCAGCAAUUUGCAGACACUUAUUCUUGGAAGCAACAGGAUCACCCAGGACACUUUACAAGAAGGGACUUUCCAAGGGGUGAGCAAUUUGGUUGAUCUUGAGAUUUUUAGCAAUGACAUCAGUUACGAGUCCCCCAAAGAGCUCACUAAUCCACCUUUUCAGCUUUUGAAGCUCUUAAAGAAACUCUCAAUAAAUAGCCAACGUCAUAAUGGACUUAGACAUUUUCCAGUUAACUUCUUGCAGGGAUUGAAGUCCAUUGUGCUAAUCCAUGCUGCAGCAGUCAUGUUACUGAUGCUUAUCUGCUUCUGUUGUCAAUGGAGAUGGAACAUGAUCUAUGCUUACCACCUACUGCUUGCUUAUUUCAUUGACAAGAGGCAAAAGCGGAAGGGUCAAGGCAGGGAAUAUGAUUACGAUGCUUUCCUUUCCUACAACACUCAUGAUGAAAAAUGGGUGAUCAAUUACUUUUUGCCAGUGAUGGAAAACCAAUAUGGUUGGAAACUCUGCCUGCAUCACAGGGAUUUUCAACCAGGGCGAACUAUCCUGGAAAACAUUGUGGACAACAUCUAUGCCAGUCGCAAGACCAUUUGUAUAAUAAGUCACCACUACCUAGAAAGCGAGUGGUGCUCUAAGGAGAUCCAAGUGGCAUGCUUUCGGCUCUUUGAUGACCACAAGGAUGUCUUGAUUCUAAUUUUCCUGGAAGACAUCCCCAGAUAUUAUCUGUCACCCUAUUACAGGAUGAGAAAACUGGUGAAGAAUAAAACAUACCUUAAGAGGCCCCAGGAUGAGCAGGAAAUGCCACUGUUUUGGCAUAAACUCAAUAUGGCCAUGAAGACUGGGGAAGAAAAAAAGGAUGAAAAUCCUAUUUUGACCGCAUUUGUUCCUGUUGAACUUCCAUAA